AAUCGAAUAUUUGUAUCAAGUACUGGUUUUUGUUUUGAAAAAGAGAAAACUACAAUCCUUCUGCCUUCUUAAAAGCCAUACUGUUGUAGCUGCCCCAGGCUGCUCUCUUACAUCUCCCAUUUAUUGUUUACUUUUAUAAAUUUGCUUCUAAGAUAGUAUGUGUUUCAGCUUAUUGGCAGUAUCUGUGAUAUAAAUAAUGAAAGCUAAUUCUUUCAUUUAGGGAUGAAAUCUUUAGCCCUUACCCAAUAAGCAUCAUUCUCUAAGUUAAAUGCAAUAGAAUGACAACUCUCCAAGUACCUUUUAACUCUUAUACUGUCAUUUCAAAGUCCAGCUCAUUCUCUUAUUUUAAGAAGCAUGUGGUAUGACUGGGUAGGGGAGAAAAAAAGGAAAGCAUGUUGUCACUUGAGUGAGACUGCUUUAGAAAUGUUACCAAGUUAGCAUUGGGUGUUUCCUGUUCUUUGGAAGAGAACAGGCCUAAAUAGUACCUUCCUCCUCCUCUGUAGCUACCAGGAAGGCACCAUGAUUGAAAUAAGGGAUGCUCCCUUGCUUGAUUUUUACGUUUAAAUUAAAUUAUCUUUAAAAGUACUUAAGGAUGGGAGUGAAAAAAUGCUAUGUUUUUAAAGGACUUCCUUGACGCAACCUUUGUUUCUUGAACAAAAUGUAAACUAGCUAAACAGAAAAUGAAAUUGGAAAGUCAGUGGGAGAAACAACUGUAGAAUCAGACUUCUAUUUAAAUUCAAGCCUCGUUACUUGAUUUUGUGAAUGUUAUUUCUUGAAGUUUCAGUUUAUUAUAUGGGAGAAAUAACAUUUACCUCAGAAUUAUUCUGAAGAUCAAAUGGAAUUGCUUUAAAGUAUUUAGCUCACUGUCUGACCCAUGGUAGUUGCUUAAUAAAUGGCAGCUGUAUCAAUAAUAAUUUCAUCGAAUAAACAUUUUGCCAGCCUAUGAGAAAAACAUGGGAAGCAUAAGGGAGAGUGAUAAUAAAAUGAACUGAUUCUAAGUGUGUAUGAGAUAGAUUACAUUAGGCAGGGGUGCCAUGAGGAUUAGUAUGAUAGUGACCUUGUUGCUAAGUGCAAAAGCAAAACAAUGACGUAGAAACAAGUGUGCUAAGUACUGAGUGGAGGAGAGAGAUGGAGGCAGACGCUGCAAGGGAAAAAAAAAGUCUGAUUAAAAAGGGCCCUUUCAUUCCACAGGCACAAAAAUCCACAGCCAGGAAUUUGCUACCACCUCUGAGUCAGGCAGGGGGUGGGGGUGGGGUGCACAAUCCCAUUAGUAGAGAAUGUGCAGUGGGUUUAGUCUGUGAGAGUCACAUUUCUUAUUUGGACCAGUGUAGACAGGAGUAAACCCAGCUCACUUGUUUCCUGGGACAGUUAAGGGAUGGCUUUCGCAGAGCAUUCACCGCUGACCCCUCACCGUCGGGACCUCUGUAGCCGCUCUAUCUGGCUAGCAAGGAAGAUUCGUUCAGACCUGACUGCUCUUACGGAAUCUUAUGUGAAGCAUCAGGGCCUGAACGAGAACAUCAACCUGGAUUCUGUGGAUGGGGUGCCAGUGGCAAGCACUGAUCAGUGGAGUGAGCUGACCGAGGCAGAGCGACUCCAAGAGAACCUUCAAGCUUAUCGUACCUUCCAUGUUUUGUUGGCCAGGCUUUUAGAAGACCAGCAGGUGCAUUUUACCCCAACCAAAGGUGACUUCCAUCAAGCUAUACAUACCCUUCUUCUCCAAGUUGCUGCCUUUGCAUACCAGAUAGAGGAGUUAAUGAUACUCCUGGAAUACAAGAUUCCCCGCAAUGAGGCUGAUGGGAUGCCUUUUAGUUUUGGAGAUGGUGGUCUCUUUGAGAAGAAGCUGUGGGGCCUAAAGGUGCUGCAGGAGCUUUCACAGUGGACAGUGAGGUCCAUCCAUGACCUUCGUGUCAUUUCUUCUCAUCAGACUGGGAUCCCAGCACGUGGGAGCCAUUAUAUUGCUAACAACAAGAAUGUGUAGCAGCCCCUUCUCCCUUGCUUUCUCUUCUAAUGGAAUAUAGAUAGUUACCUGGGGCCUCGCUUUCGCAUCUUAAAUUUCUGAAAACGAUUAAGACUACAGGCACUUUUUUUCUUUCUUCUCUGACCACCUGCAGCCUGUUGAAGGACUACAGGCAUUUUCAUCAAGUAACAUUGGAGACAUACACAAAUGGGCAUACAAGUUUAGCCUGGGGGGUGUGAUUGUGUGCACGCGUGCACGUGCUACAGGUGUAAGAGUGGGAGCAGGGACAACGUCCUUCCACUUCAGGGUUCUAAUCUUUCUAACCCUCUAAGUAACCUCUACAGGCAUUUAACAGCCUUACAGACAGAAUAUACAUAUGUUAAUUCUAGUUCUGGAUGACUCGGUCUGAGAAGAUUCAAUUUAAAAUCAGACUCUUUAGUCGAUUUAAACUCUUAAGAGAAUAAAAAUAAUAAUGGCUAACUUUUAUUAUCUACUAUAUUGAGGCAAUAUGCCAAGGGUCUUUAUGUAUAUUAUGUACAGCUUUUACAACCUUGUGAACAAGGUGGUGGUGCUCCCAUUCAGUAGAUGAGAAAACAGGCUCACAGAGAUUUGGUUAAGCUCACACAACUAACAAGUGGCACACAGAGUUUGAACACAGAUCAUUCUUGUAAAGCCUAUGUGCCUUGCACUUUAGAGGCUUGGUGAUGAAUCACUGCACCUCUUUGUCACAGGGUGUUGGAAGAUGCAUCCAUGUAAUCUGUUCCCGUCGCUGGAAAACAGCUGCCAUUAGAUGUCCUCAGAAGUCAGUUGCGAAUUUUAGCGUUAAAGUCAGGAUUUGUUUUUCAUACUUGGCAGUGAAGAGGGCAGCUGGAGAUCUUAAGAUUCCAUUUUGGAAAAUGAUUAGGCCCACCACACUUCUGAACUUUGGAAGCUGGGGAUGUUUAGUAAUACAGCCUGAUUUUAAAAUGCGCACUAAAUGUUCUCGAAUAUUGGGUUGGGCACAGCUUAUACCAGGUUACCUCACUUUUAAAUAGUGAGGCAGGCAGUGUAACCUAAGCAUUUGUGAACAAUGAGUGGAAUACUAAAGUUAAAAAGUCAUCAAACUUUCACCUCAAAUUAUCUGGACUUAGUCAUGAGGAAAGGGUGAGGCCCACUCUGUUCCUACUGGAGAUACCAGAGACUCUGAAACUAUACAGUAAAGCUUCUGUGCUGCGUAACAAAGGGGCAGGCUCUGCUUUUAAUUUCUUGUAAGAAGCACACAUAGUAUGAAAGGUUGGUCAAUGUGGACAUUAAUGGAAAAGGCCAUGUACUGGUGGUGUGAUGUGAAUGCAAAAAUUUUCAAGUGUGUCUAUUUUAUACUUAUCAAUUAAAACUCAAGAUCAUGGAUUGGGAGACCAAGUUAAUUUAAUUAAUUGGGGCUUCUGUAUUCAUAAAUGAACCAUGAGUCAGGACUAGCUCCCAUAGGUUUCAUGAGGUGUGGAUGAGUAGCUUAGCUUAUAUCCUUUCUCACAUGGGUGUGUGUACAAAACUCCAUGAAGUCACUAUUACCAGAGUACUCUGGGCUAGGCAUUGUAACAAUUCAGAGAAGGUAAGGCCCUGCUUUCUAGUAUGCAUUUGUGGCAAUAUGGUUGUUUGUGUGUAUACACACACACACACACUGUUACUGUAAUCAGUGAUGCAGACAGUGUAACCCAAGCCUUGUGGACAGUGAGUGGAAUACUAAAGUUAAAAAGUCACAGAACUCCUUCACCUCACAUUCUCUGGACUUAGUCAUGAGGAAAGGGUGAGGCUCACUCUGUUCUCACUGGAGAUACCAGAGAUUCUGUAAACACACACACAAACACACACGCACAUACACACAGUCGAAAUUAUAAGUCCUAGGUUUGUUAGGAAGCUAAAGGAAGGAGAUCAACAGGGCCCCAAAGUAGUUUCCUGGAGGAAGUAGGAGUUGUGUCUUAAUACAAAACUACAAAAUACUCUGUACUGGUUGAGUACAAAAUAGAAGUCAUGAGAGAAGGGAAGAGGUGGUCAUUUGUAAUUUUGGCACUGAAUGUGUAGUCUUAUUCCAUUCAAACUUUGUCUUAAUCAUUUCUUCUGCUCAACAGCAGCAUUCUCAAAUAAUGAAGUUUCUGCUUAUUAAUAUAAGAUGUUGUCCUCAUACUCCCUCCACCAAAAAAAAAGUUUUUAAAAAAUGAGUGUCCCCUCUCCAAGUGUUUUUAUGCUCAACAGGUAUAGCAGCAGACAUCUGUAGAAGUUUCAGAACUCAGUGGAGCUUGGCUUAAGCUCUCAUGAGUUGCAUAUAAAGGAAUAUGUAUGUAUAAGAGGUGGACUUGAAGUGGCAGAGGGUCCACAAAAGGUACAAGUACUAACCAUUGAAUGGGAGGAGAUAGAAAAAUGUGUAAGUCACAAUUAAGGCACAGAAUCACCAAGUCUUUACCAAGUGCGUUUUCAGCACUUUGCAAAACGCUGUGUAUUUGUCUUUCAAGAAGCAUACAAUACGCACCCAAAAGAAGUGUGGGGAAAGCUAAUCUUAGAAAACAAUACAGGGGAAAUGAUCAGUAGGCCAUGCCACAAAAAGCAACAUGUAUGAGAUCUGAAUGUGUAGACAUUGCAUCAUGUUUAUUUGAAAUGAAUAAAUAGAAAAAGGGACUGACAAUGGAUUAGUGUUCUAGGUGUGUGUCUUAUAGUAAAGAAGAGGAUAAUGAUGACACUAUGGAAUUAUGUUUUUUUAGGGAUAUGGAACCCCAAGAAGAUUUUGUUCAUUAGGUUUUAUUCUCUUGAUCUGAUACGGACAAGAUCUCUGGGAAAUCAUACAUGGCAUAACUAUAUAGAUCGAAUUAUAGUUUAAGGUACAUAGAUUUAGUUUCUAGCCCUAACUCAUUUUGUAAAAACAAUUUCUUCUGCCUCCUUUUCAGAAAGUACCUUCUGAAAAGUCCUCUGUGGGUAAAGAGAUCCGUUUUCCUGAGUCAAGUAAUUUCAUGGAUGAGAAUUUUUCUUGUAUUCAUGUAAGAGGUGAUUUGGAAAAGGCUUGCAAAUUAGCACAAAUUUGAAGGCCAAACAUGGAAUAAAAUUAGCCUUAAGAUAAUCAGGUUUAAGUGAAGUGAGAGUUUUAAUAAAAAUGGAAAAUGUAAAGUCAUAGCUCUGGUAUUGCUGUUAUUUCAGGCUGCUAUGGAUUAAUGCCCAAAGGAUGACUCAUUGUUGUGAUCACUUGUCAGACAGGGAGAGGACUAGUAAAUGUUUCAGGAAGACAUAUCUGAAAAGUUAUUUAGAUUGAAUUUUGUUUGUGAAUCCUCAGCUCCUCAUGCGGUACCUGAGCAUCUCUGUUAAGGGGUGAAAUAGAGACACAAGAAGCAGAGAGACCUCCUCCGGGAUGCAAAGGGGAUUGGUAAAGAGGAAGGGGAUGGGGAGGGAGUAGAAUUUGGAUUUCACUUCAGUUGAUUCUCUGUGUGUGUGUCUGUGUGUGUGUGUGUGUGGUUCCUAAUGUAGUUUUUAGGUCAGGACAUUUCUUUAAAAGAAUGGUUUGGCCUCCUGCCUCAUCCCACCUCCACUGCAAGCAUCAGACCCAUCCAAGAAUGAGCUCUCUGAAUGUGGGUACAUUCAAAAACCGAAAAAUGAUAAAAACUUCAUUUCUUGGCUUCUGUAGCACUCUGAGAACUACAGAUAAAGACAGAAUAAGAUAAUUUGAUAGUUUGAUGAAAUGUCAGGGUGUGAGAUAAAAUCUAUGUGCUUGUGAUUCUUAACAUAAAAGAUUGUUUGGAUCAAUCUGGUUUGAACACAUAGAAAACAAAAGAUGCAAGAAUAGCUAACAAUAAAGUUCUUUUCUUAGCAAUA